GAAGUGCCGUUAAAUACCAGGAAGUUGUAAACAAAGCUGACAUAUACUUAGCUGUUGACAACAUUUGAAUGGAUCCAAAGCCAGUCGUGUAAAACAGGCCAUUUACUCGGUGGUAUCGUGUAUUUAUCUAUACUACAGAUAGGCGUUUUGUUUCAUAUUAGGGUCGUUUCGCUAAAGAAAAAGUCGUGUGUUUGUUUAACAAGCUAACGUUAGCUGCCUUCCGUUUCCUUUCGCUAGGAGAGAGCUAACGUUUGAAACAAGGACGUUAGAGCUAGCGGUAUCGAAGAACGCGUUAAAUCGAUCAUUACUAUACACAAUUAUACGGACAGCGAGCAACACAAGUAUUGGAUUUCUGCUGUUUUGUUGUGCUGGCGGUUGGGAAGCAGGGAGAGCGAGAGUGUUCGUCCAUUUUAGCGGGACAACAAUGUCUACAUCCAACGCUAACUUCAAAAACAAGUGUGUGACCCAGGUUAACUGCAUAUUUUGUGACAGCCUGCUCUGUACGAGAGGAAUGAAAGCAGUGCUUCUUGCAGACACUGAGGUUGAGCUUUUUUCGACUGACAUACCUCCCAACAGAACUGUUGACUUUGUGGCCAGCUGCUACUCAACUGAAAGCUGCAAAUGCAAACUGAGAGACAUAGCAUGUCUCAAGUGUGGAAAUGUUGUGGGCUAUCAUGUUGUGGCCCCCUGUAAACCCUGUCUGCUUUCCUGUAACAACGGGCAUUUCUGGAUGUUCAAUAGUGAUGCUGUAUCUACUCUCAACAGACUGGAUGCUACAGGUCUGAAUCUGCUUCUGUGGGGAGAUCUUCCCGAGCUUGAUGACAGUGACAAUGAGGAAUCAGAAAACCCAUCAGAGGAGGAGUGCAUUAGGUAAAGAGGGAAAUGGACAAUGUAUGGCGCAUACAGCGCUAACAUUUGUUGGAAAGAGAGGCGUGUACAAACCAUGCUUGAGCUGAGAGAGAAAAGAGAAGCCUUAAAGGGUAAUUUAGCAUUGAAUCACAUAGGGCAGAAAAAUGAAGCUCUUAUGUUCUGUCAAUUCAUUACACAAUGGUACACCUCAUGUCCCUACCUCAAUCAGUGACAUCACAGCAAUGGUUUUACCUUUAAUGACUGAUAUCACUGAUUAAGGUUUGAUCUCAACUUGCGCAAGACGCACAUAGAACAGCACAGCCAAAGGUUUUAGCCAUAUGUAAUUUAGUGUUGAAUUACCCUUUAAUCUGUGACCAUGCCUUUUCCCAUCACUUUUCACUGUUUAAAGCACAGAAAAACACACACUGUCACACACAUUCUUCUCUCUCUGUUUUGUAUAUUUGCGUGGACUAUUAUAAGAUGUGGCUGAAAUAGACCAAGAUUAACCAACCACUAGACUCAGCUAGACUUAUUCCAGUGUGUUCUUCAUCAGUCUCCACUGAACUCAUGGUUUUAUCAGCCUCAUGGUGUAAUGGGUAAAAGAAGCCUACCAGUGAAUGCUGUGCUUUUUCAUGCUGCUUAAGUCCAGUUAUUUUCAGAAGAUUGGCAUUUCAACUAACUUGUUUUUAAUGGAAUUUAUACAGUAAUCUGUACAUUGAAUAUACAGUAAUAAGCAAAACUUCCAUUGUCCUCAAGGCUUAUAUUGUUUCUGUGUGCCUGAUUGCUGAUUGAAGGUUUGUGUGUGAUUUUGAAUCCCAUGUCUUGGAACAGUAGCACAAUUAUUUAAUAAUAUAUAUAUAUAUAUCAGAGUUCCUUGCUGUUUAAGGGCAUAUUAUUAUUAUUAUUAUUAUUAUCCGAUAUUCUAUCAGUGAUCAUUUUUGACAUGCUAAUAGUGCAUGUUGCACAGUUGACAGCAGCAGUGUGUGACUAACACCCAGAUGAAUCUGACUGUAGCAGUAUCUCCCACUAACUCACUAACUUAUGUAUAGUGUCUGAGAAUGAAAAUAAAUCAAAUGAUACACUCCCAGAUUGAAGAUAUAGGAAAGCUAUAAUUUAACUGAACUAAAGUGCACCUACGCAACACUCCACUACCCUGCAAUGUGGAUCAAAAAGCAGAAUUUAGAAAACAUGAGUUCUAUCUAAAUGGACUUCAGUGGUCAUGACUGUUUUGUUACACCACUGUUCAGUUUUAUGUAGCAGCAUAAUUGUAGCACCAUAAGAGAGUGAAGUUCAACUUCAAAGAAUAAUGGAGCAUGUCAAUAUUGCACUUAUGGAGUGAAAAUCUAUUUGACAUGGUUACUGUAUGUCAGGUGGUCCAGUUUAUUGAAGAAUACUUCACAUUUUAAGUAACCACUCUGCAGUUUUUGUUUUGAUAUAGUGAAAUGAAAGCAGUGAAGGUGAAUAUGAAAAUCUUCAGUGUUGUGUUGACCUAACUCAUAAUGUAAUCUACUGUAAUUGCUGACUAUGAACCUCUGAUGAAUGCAGAUUUAAGGAUGGUAGUUGGCUAUUGUCAAUAUUUAUCAGCCUGUAGUGCCAGACACAAGCUUCAGCAUCAUCCACUGUAAAGGGACUAAAUUCAAAUGAGUCCUUUCUUUGCAGUGCUAUCCCCAAGCCCUUGUUAGUGAUUCACUGCUGUGCCCUGUUAAUUAUCUUAAAGCAACAGUCUGUUGGUGAGUUUUGCCUGUAUCUUCAGCAAGUAUUGUUGAAGAAGUGGACGUAGAAUGUCAUAUAUUAAAUGAAGAAAAAAGCAUAAAAGACAUUAUUUUUUAACAUGUAAUUGGCCUCUCUGUUGAUCAAAAGUAUAGCUUUUAGUCGUGGAUGAAUAGUGGAGAAACAUGGUCCAGACUUUCACACCUUUCACCUUUAAACUUGUAACUGACCGUCUGCAACACUUGCACACCAAAUACUGUGUAUAUGGUGAACCAAUAGGAUACAGAGAAUCUGCUACUAUAGGUAUUUAUUAAAACCACAAACCAAAUAUCUAUAACCACACACUUCCUUUUUGUUUACAAACUUGGUUUACAAAUGCAUUGGUUUGUAUUGUCAUAGUAUUGCUAUGGUACUUAUGUUUUUGUUCAUGUAUUUAAUAUUUCAUUUGUAAUGUAGUACUUUGUUUUGUACGUUAAAGACUGGAUGUGUACAGUUUUACCUCAAGAAGGUAUCACUUGCGAGCUUCCUCUGGUUAGGAUAAUUGUCAAAAGAUAAUCAAAAAUUAUAUAAAUGGCUGUUUAUGGUGUGAAUAACUUUAAUUAACAUGCCCUGCUGAAAAUGUAUAUUUUGGAAUUGCACUGAAACUGCAUUGGUAGUUUGAUGAAAUGAUUUGUUGUUUUGUAUGCUUGGUAAAUUAAUAAACCUUUUUUUCGAGAUAUUAA